GUAGACAAAAGUCCUGCACUGUGCCUAUUGUACAUGUUUCCGGAGAGGAUGUCCAAGACACACCGGGCGCUAGCAUACCACACGCUCACAUCAGCACACAUUCUAAUAGCGAGACAUUGGAAAUCUAGAGAAAUAGCCACGCUCACUCACCUAUUGCACCAG